AAGUAUGAUGUGAUGGAUAUAACUAUGGGAUACUGUGUGGGCACACGGCCUCCCUCUUGCCUCAUUCUCCUGCUUCUCAAGCUUUUGGCUACACUCUCUCAGGGGCUGCCUGGGACCGGAGCCCUGGGUUUCCACUUCACGCAUUCCAUUUAUAAUGCUACCGUGUACGAGAACUCGGCAGCAAGGACUUACGUCAACAGCCAGAGUCGCAUGGGCGUCACCUUGAUCGAUCUGUCCUGGGACAUCAAAUACAGAAUAGUGUCUGGAGACGAGGAAGGCUUUUUCAAAGCCGAGGAAGUCAUCAUUGCAGAUUUCUGUUUUCUCAGAAUAAGAACUAAAGGUGGCAAUUCCGCCAUAUUGAACAGGGAAAUUCAGGACAAUUAUUUAUUGAUAGUCAAGGGCUCUGUCCGAGGUGAGGAUUUGGAAGCAUGGACCAAAGUGAGCAUACAGGUUUUAGAUAUGAAUGACCUGAGACCCUUAUUUUCACCCACAACCUACUCAGUUACAAUCGCAGAAAACACACCACUAAGGACUAGCGUUGCCCAGGUGACGGCGACAGAUGCAGACAUCGGUUCCAAUGGCGAAUUCUACUACUACUUCAAGAACAAAGUUGAGCUCUUUUCAGUCCACCCCACGAGCGGGGUCAUCUCCUUAAGUGGACGAUUAAAUUAUGAUGAAAAGAGCAGAUACGAUCUGGAGAUCUUGGCCGUGGACCGGGGAAUGAAGCUGUAUGGGAAUAAUGGAGUGAGCAGCACUGCCAAGCUUUAUGUUCAUGUUGAACGGGUAAAUGAGCGUGCCCCUACUCUCCACGUGGUCGCUCACGUUCCUUUCUCAUUGGACACAGAGCCUGUAUACGCGGUGGUGACAGCCGAAGACCUCGAUGAAGGGGCCAAUGGAGAGAUUGAGUCUGUUUCCAUCGUGGCUGGGGACCCUUUAGACCAGUUCUUCCUGGCCAAGGAAGGAAAGUGGGUGAAUGAGUACAGGAUUAAGGAGAAGAAGCCGGUUGACUGGGAGAGCUUUCCCUAUGGCUACAACCUCACUCUUCAAGCCAAAGACAAGGGGUCACCUCAGAAAUUUUCAGCAGUCAAAGUAGUCCACAUCGCCAACCCCAAAAGAGACACUGUUCCAAUUAGAUUUGAGAAAGAAGUGUACGAAGUGAGCAUUAGUGAAUUUUCCCCUCCUGGUGUUGUGGUUGCUAUAGUAAAAUUAAGUCCCGAACCACUAGAUGUGGAGUACAGAUUAUCCCCUGGAGAGGAUGCCCAGUACUUCACAAUCAAUCCCCGGUCAGGUCUGAUUGUCACCGCACAGCCACUGAAUACCAUUAAGAAGGAGAUUUAUAGACUGGGGGUGACAAAUAAAGAAGGAGAUUUAAAAACACAAGUCACCAUCAGCAUAGAAGAUGCCAAUGACCACACCCCAGAAUUUCAGCAGCUGCUGUAUGAAGCAUUUGUGAAUGAGAGUGUUCCUGUGGGAACAAGCGUUCUGACAGUCUCAGCUUCUGAUAAGGAUAAAGGAGAAAAUGGGUAUAUCACCUACAGCAUUGCCAGCUUGAACGUGUUGCCAUUUGCCAUUAACCAGUUUACAGGCAUCAUCAGCACCACUGAAGACUUGGACUUUGAAUCCUCUCCAGAAACGUACAGGUUCAUCGUCAGAGCCUCUGACUGGGGCUCGCCAUAUCGCCACGAGAGUGAGGUCAAUGUGACUAUUCGAGUCGGAAAUGUCAAUGACAACAGCCCCCUCUUUGAAAAAGUGGCUUGCCAGGGAGUGAUCUCCUAUGACUUUCCAGUUGGGGGUCAUAUCACAGCUGUCUCAGCGAUCGAUAUUGACGAGCUGGAGCUUGUAAAGUACAAAAUCAUCUCUGGAAACGAACUUGGUUUCUUUUAUUUAAACCCAGACUCUGGUGUUUUGCAGCUUAAAAAGUCACUGAUGAAUUCUGGCAUUACAAAUGGAAAUUUUGCCCUCAGGAUUACAGCCACUGAUGGAGAGAAUCUUGCGGACCCUAUGUCUAUUAACAUUUCAGUCCUACAUGGGAAGGUGUCUUCAAAGAGCUUCAGUUGCCGAGAAACUCGUGUGGCUCAGAAGCUGGCAGAGAAGCUCCUCAUUAAGGCUAAAGCAAAUGGGAAACUGAAUCUAGAAGAUGGAUUUCUUGACUUUUAUUCAGUUAACCGGCAGGGACCACGUUUUGACAAGUCAUUUCCUUCUGAUGUGGCUGUGAAGGAGAAUCUGCCAGUUGGUGCUAACAUCCUGAAGAUUAAAGCCUAUGAUGCCGACUCUGGCUUCAAUGGGAAGGUGCUAUUUACAAUAUCUGAUGGGAAUAUGGAUAGCUGUUUUAAUAUUGAUAUGGAGACUGGGCAACUUCAAGUCCUUAUGCCCAUGGAUCGAGAGCACAGAGACCUCUAUCUCCUUAACAUCACCAUCUAUGACUUAGGGAACCCACAAAAGUCCUCAUGGAGGUUGCUUACCAUCAACGUGGAGGAUGCCAAUGACAAUAGCCCGAUUUUUAUUCAAGACAGUUAUUCAGUUAACAUUCUUGAGAGUUCAAGUAUUGGCACUGAGAUUAUUCAAGUGGAAGCCAGUGACAAAGAUUUGGGUUCUAAUGGUGAAGUGACUUACUCAGUCUUGACAGAUACACAACAAUUUGCCAUCAAUAGCUCCACUGGAAUUGUGUAUAUAGCGGACCAAUUGGACCGGGAAUCCAAAGCGAACUAUUCUUUAAAAAUAGAAGCCAGAGACAAGGCAGAAAGUGGCCAGCAGCUCUUUUCUGUUGUCACCUUGAAGGUUUUCUUGGAUGAUGUCAAUGACUGCUCCCCAGCUUUCAUUCCCAGUAGCUACAGUGUGAAGGUCCUUGAAGACCUCCCUGUUGGCACUGUCAUUGCUUGGCUGGAGACCCAUGACCCAGAUCUGGGACUGGGGGGUCAAGUGCGCUAUUCUUUGGUCAAUGAUUACAAUGGGAGAUUUGAAAUAGAUAAAGCAAGUGGCGCCAUCCGCCUGAGCAGGGAGCUUGACUAUGAAAAGCAGCAGUUCUAUAACCUCACAGUUCGGGCCAAGGACAAAGGGCGGCCUGUCUCGCUGUCAUCUGUGUCCUUUGUGGAGGUGGAAGUGGUGGAUGUCAACGAAAACCUCCAUACUCCCUAUUUCCCGGACUUUGCUGUUGUUGGCUCUGUAAAAGAGAACUCACGGAUUGGAACCAGCGUGCUGCAGGUGACUGCCCACGAUGAGGACUCGGGGAGGGAUGGGGAGAUCCAGUACUCCAUCAGGGAUGGCAGUGGUCUUGGAAGGUUCAAUAUUGAUGACGAGAGUGGAGUCAUCUCUACUGCAGACAUUCUCGAUCGAGAGACAACGGGGUCGUACUGGCUGACUGUGUACGCCACAGACAGGGGUGUUGUUCCACUCUAUUCCACUAUUGAGGUCUACAUUGAAAUUGAAGACGUGAAUGACAACGCCCCACUGACCUCGGAACCUAUUUAUUACCCUGUUGUCAUGGAAAACUCUCCAAAGGAUGUAUCUGUCAUUCAGAUCCAGGCUGAGGACCCUGACUCUAGUUCCAAUGAAAAACUGACCUACAGGAUUACAAGCGGGAAUCCUCAGAACUUUUUUGCCAUCAACGUCAAAACAGGUCUGAUUACAACAACGUCAAGGAAAUUGGAUCGAGAACAGCAGGCAGAACAUUUUCUGGAGGUGACCGUGACAGAUGGUGGCUUCUCCCCAAAACAGUCGACCAUCUGGGUGGUGGUUCAGGUUCUGGAUGAAAAUGACAACAAGCCCCAGUUCCCAGAGAAGGUCUACCAGAUCAAGCUGCCAGAGCGUGACCGGAAGAAGCGGGGAGAGCCCAUCUACAGGGCAUUUGCAUUUGACAGAGACGAGGGCCCCAACGCUGAGAUCUCCUACAGUAUUGUGGACGGGAAUGAUGAUGGCAGGUUCUUCAUUGACCCUAAAACCGGCAUGGUCUCUUCCAGAAAGCAGUUUACAGCAGGGAGUUAUGACAUUCUCACGAUCAAGGCCGUGGACAACGGGCGCCCUCAGAAGUCCUCCACGGCCCGCCUCCACAUCGAAUGGAUUAAGAAACCACCUCCUUCACCGGUGCCACUGACCUUCGAUGAGCCAUUUUACAACUUCACAGUCAUGGAGAAUGACAGAGUCACCGAGAUUGUCGGCGUGGUGUCUGUGCAGCCAGCUAACACCCUUCUGUGGUUUGACAUCGUCGGGGGCAAUUUUGACAGCUCUUUUGAUGCAGAGAAGGGUGUUGGGACCAUUGUCAUUGCAAAGCCUUUGGAUGCAGAGCAGAGGUCCAUCUAUAAUAUGAGUGUGGAAGUCACCGACGGGACGAAUGUUGCUGUCACUCAGGUAUUUAUCAAAGUGCUGGAUAAUAAUGAUAAUGGCCCAGAAUUCUCUCAGCCAAAUUACGAUGUGACCAUUUCCGAGGAUGUGCUUCCCGAUACAGAAAUCCUGCAGAUUGAAGCCACAGACAGAGACGAGAAGCACAAGCUGAGCUACACUGUCCACAGCAGCAUCGACUCUGUCAGCAUGAGGAAGUUCCGCAUAGACCCCAGCACGGGUGUCCUCUACACGGCUGAGAGGCUGGACCACGAGGCGCAAGACAAGCACAUCCUGCACGUAAUGGUCAGAGAUCAGGAGUUUCCUUAUCGAAGAAACUUGGCCCGAGUCAUUGUGAAUGUGGAAGAUGCUAACGAUCACAGCCCUUAUUUUACCAACCCACUCUAUGAAGCAUCUGUGUUUGAAUCGGCUGCUCUGGGAUCAGCUGUACUGCAGGUGACGGCUCUGGACAAAGACAAAGGGGAAAAUGCAGAACUCAUGUAUACCAUAGAAGCAGGGAACACUGGGAACACAUUUAAGAUUGAACCGGUCCUGGGCAUCAUCACAGUUUCCAAAGAGCCAGACAUGACGACAAUGGGUCAGUUUGUCCUGUCAGUCAAAGUCACGGAUCAGGGUUCCCCACCUAUGUCUGCCACCGCCAUCGUGCGCAUUUCUGUCACCAUGGCUGAUAAUUCUAACCCCAGGUUCACUCACAAAGACUACCAAGCAGAAGUGAAUGAAAAUGUUGAUGUUGGAACAUCUGUCAUUCUAAUCUCUGCCAUCAGUCAAUCCACUCUCAUUUAUGAAGUGAAAGAUGGAAAUGCUGAUGGGAUCUUCACCAUAAACCCCUAUUCUGGAGUCAUCACCACUCGGAAGGCGCUGGAUUACGAGCGGACUUCCUCUUAUCAGCUCAUUGUCCAGGCCACCAACAUGGCAGGAAUGGCUUCCAAUGUCACAGUCAGUAUUCAGAUUGUUGAUGAAAACGACAAUGCACCAGUUUUUCUCUUUUCUCAAUAUUCAGGCAGCCUCAGCGAGGCAGCCCCCAUCAAUAGCAUUGUCAGGAGCUUGGAUAACAGCCCACUGGUGAUUCGAGCCACUGAUGCGGACAGCAACCGGAACGCUCUGCUUGUGUAUCAGAUUGUGGAGUCCACGGCCAAGAAGUUCUUCACAGUGGACUCCAGCACAGGGGCGAUCAGAACAAUCGCCAACCUGGACCAUGAGGCCAUCGCCCAUUUCCUUUUCCAUGUGCACGUGAGAGACAGUGGCAGCCCCCAGCUGACCGCGGAGAGUCCCGUUGAAGUCAACAUAGAGGUGACGGAUGUGAAUGACAACCCACCUGUGUUCACUCAGGCUGUGUUUGAGACUGUCUUACUUCUACCGACCUAUGUCGGAGUGGAGGUUCUGAAAGUUAGUGCCACGGAUCCUGACUCCGAGGUACCCCCUGAACUGACAUACAGCCUAAUGGAAGGCAGCUUGGAUCAUUUUUCAGUUGACUCAAAUAGUGGAGUGCUCACCGUGAAAAACAACAACCUCUCCAAAGAUCACUACAUGCUGAUAGUGAAGGUGUCUGAUGGAAAGUUCUAUAGCACAUCCAUGGUCACCAUCGUGGUUAAAGAAGCCAUGGACAGCGGCCUCCACUUUACUCAAAGCUUUUACUCCACCUCCAUCUCAGAGAACAACACUAACAUAACCAAAGUUGCUAUUGUCAACGCAGUUGGCAAUCGCCUUAAUGAGCCCUUAAAAUAUAGCAUCUUAAACCCAGGAAACAAGUUCAAGAUAAAAUCUACCUCAGGGGUCAUUCAGACCACCGGAGUCCCCUUCGACCGUGAGGAGCAGGAAUUAUAUGAGCUGGUGGUGGAAGCCAGCCGAGAGCUUGACCAUCUACGGGUGGCGAGGGUGGUGGUCAGGGUUAGCAUCGAAGACAUAAACGACAACUCUCCAGUCUUUGUGGGUCUCCCUUACUAUGCUGCUGUGCAGGUUGACGCUGAGCCUGGCACUCUGAUUUACCGAGUGACGGCCAUUGACAAAGACAAAGGUGCAAAUGGAGAAGUGACCUACGUCCUACAGGACGACUAUGGCCACUUUGAAAUUAACCCCAAUUCAGGGAAUGUUAUUUUAAAAGAAGCAUUCAACUCAGACCUGUCCAACAUUGAGUAUGGAGUCACCAUCCUAGCCAGAGAUGGUGGGAAACCCUCUUUGUCCACAUCCGUGGAACUUCCCAUCACUAUUGUCAACAAGGCGAUGCCCGUGUUUGAUAAGCCCUUUUAUACCGCAUCAGUCAAUGAAGAUAUUGGCAUGGACACCCCCAUUCUAAGCAUCAACGCCACCAGUCCAGAAGGGCAAGGCAUCAUAUAUAUCAUUAUUGAUGGGGAUCUGUAUAAACAAUUUAACAUUGACUUUGACACUGGGGUCCUGAAAGUCAUUAGCCCUUUGGAUUAUGAAAUGACAUCAGUUUACAAGUUGACAGUAAGAGCCAGUGAUGCACUUACUGGGGCCAGGGCUGAGGUUACCAUUGACCUGCUUGUUAAUGAUGUGAAUGACAACCCCCCUAUUUUUGGUCAACCCAAAUACAAUACAACAUUAUCAGAAGCGUCCCUCAUCGGGACACCUGUUUUACAAGUUGUGUCUACUGAUGCAGACUCAGGGAACAAUAAAAUGGUCCACUAUCAGAUUGUCCAGGAUACUUACAACAGCACAGAUUAUUUUCACAUAGACAGCGCAAGUGGCUUGAUCCUGACCGCGCGGAUGCUGGACCACGAGUCAGUGCAACACUGCACUUUGAAAGUCAGAGCCACAGAUAAUGGCUUCCCAUCACUGAGCAGCGAGGUCCUGGUUCAUAUCUACAUCUCGGACGUAAACGACAACCCUCCAGUCUUUAAUCAGCUCAUUUAUGAGUCAUACGUGAGUGAAUUAGCCCCCCGGGGCCAUUUUGUUACCUGUGUGCAAGCCUCCGACGCAGACAGCUCUGACUUUGACCGGUUGGAAUACAGCAUUUUAUCUGGGAAUGACCGGACGAGCUUUCUGAUGGACAGCAAGAGUGGCAUCAUCACACUGUCCAACCACCGCAAGCAGCGGAUGGAGCCUCUGUACAGUCUCAACGUGUCGGUCUCUGAUGGGUUGUUCACGAGCACCGCCCAAGUGCAUAUCAGGGUCCUCGGAGCCAACCUGUACAGCCCUGCCUUUUCACAGAGCACCUAUGUAGCUGAGGUGAGAGAGAACGCAGCCGCUGGGACGAAGGUAAUCCACGUUCGGGCCACAGAUGGGGAUCCAGGGAUGUAUGGGCAGAUCAGCUAUGCCAUCAUCAAUGACUUUGCUAAGGAUAGAUUCCUCAUAGAUGGCAAUGGACAGGUCACCACAACAGAAAGGCUUGACAGGGAAAACCCUCUGGAAGGAGACAUCAGUAUUUUUUUGAGGGCCCUUGAUGGCGGAGGAAGAACAACUUUCUGUACGGUGAGGGUGAUUGUGGUGGAUGAAAAUGACAAUGCCCCCCAGUUCUUGACAGUGGAAUACAGAGCCAGCGUCAGGGCAGAUGUCGGGCGGGGCCACCUGGUCACGCAGGUCCAAGCCAUGGACCCAGAUGAUGGAGCAAAUGCAAGGAUUACUUAUUCCCUCUAUAGCGAGGCCUCGGUCUCAGUGGCUGACCUCCUGGAAAUCGACCCUGACAAUGGCUGGAUGGUCACCAAGGGCCACUUUAACCAGCUGAAGAACACAGUGCUGUCCUUCUUUGUCAAGGCAGUGGACGGGGGCAUCCCAGUGAAGCACUCCCUCAUUCCGGUCUACAUCCAUGUCUUACCCCCUGAAACGUCCGUGCCCUCCUUUACCCAGUCUCAGUAUUCCUUCACUGUGUCAGAAGAUGCAGCCAUCGGGAGCACGGUGGAUACCGUGAGGGUUUUGCCCGCUCAGAAGGUCAAAUUCAGCACAGUUAAUGGGGAGCGGCUGGAAAAUAACAAAGGCAAUGUCUUCAUCAUAGAACAGGAAACAGGCACGAUCAAGCUGGACAAGCGUCUUGACCAUGAGGUCAGCCCAGCUUUUCACUUCAAAGUGGCAGCCACUAUACCCCUGGACAAAGUAGAUAUUGUGUUCACAGUGGAUGUAGAUGUCAAGGUACUGGAUCUGAAUGACAACAAGCCAGUCUUUGAAACUUCAAACUACGAGACAGUCAUCAUGGAAGGGAUGCCCGUGGGCACCAGACUAACACAGGUGAGAGCCAUGGAUGUGGACUGGGGAGCCAACGGGCAGGUCACCUACUCCCUCCACUCGGAUGCCCAGCCUGAGAAGGUGAUGGAAGCCUUCAGCAUCGACAGCAACACAGGCUGGAUCAGUACCCUGAAGGACCUGGAUCACGAGACAGACCCCGUGUUCACCUUCUCCGUGGUGGCCUCCGACCUCGGGGAAGCCUUCUCUCUUUCUUCCACGGCACUGGUGUCUGUCACGGUGACAGAUAUAAAUGACAACGCUCCAGUCUUUGCCCACGAGGUGUACCGAGGGAAUGUGAAGGAGAGCGACCCUCCGGGCGAGGUGGUAGCUGUCCUCAGCACGUGGGACAGAGACACGUCUGACAUCAAUCGCCAAGUUAGCUACCAUAUUACAGGAGGGAACCCCCGAGGAAGGUUUGCCCUGGGCCUGGUGCAGAGCGAAUGGAAGGUCUACGUGAAGAGACAUCUGGAUAGAGAAGAACAAGACAUUUACUUCCUCAAUAUUACUGCCACCGAUGGGCUCUUUGUCACUCAGGCCAUGGUGGAAGUGACUGUCAGUGAUGUGAAUGACAACAGCCCUGUGUGUGAUCAGGUUGCAUAUACAGCGUCACUUCCUGAAGACAUUCCAUCAAACAAAAUCAUCCUGAAGGUCAGUGCCAAGGAUGCUGACAUUGGACCCAAUGGAGAUAUACGAUACUCACUCUAUGGACCUGGAAACAAUGAAUUUUUUCUAGAUCCAGACAGUGGUGAGUUAAAAACUUUGGCUCCGUUGGACCGGGAGAGGGUCCCUGCGUACAGCCUCAUUGCCAGGGCCACCGACGGGGGCGGCCGAUUCUGCCAAUCCGACGUCCGUCUGACCCUGGAGGACGUGAACGAUAACCCCCCGGUGUUUUCGUCCGACCACUAUAACGCCUGUGUCUAUGAGAACACGGCCACCAAGGCUCUGUUGACCAGAGUUCAAGCGGUGGAUCCGGAUGUUGGCGUCAACAGGAAGGUCGUGUACUCCCUGGCCGACUCGGCCGACGGGUUCUUCUCUGUGGACAGCUCGUCCGGCAUCGUCGUCCUGGAGCGCCCGCUGGACCGAGAGCAGCAGUCCUCCUACACCCUCCGUGUGCGGGCCACCGACCAGAGCCCAGGCCGGGCGCUGUCCUCUCUGGCCACCGUCAGCAUCACCGUCCUGGACGUCAACGACAACCCCCCCGUAUUCGAGAGGAGGGACUACCUGGUGUCGGUGCCUGAGGACACCUCCCCUGGCACCCAAGUCCUCGCUGUGUUUGCCACCAGCAAAGAUAUAGGCACAAAUGCUGAGAUCACCUAUUUCAUCCGGUCUGGAAAUGAGCAGGGGAGGUUUAGGAUCAAUCCAAAGACAGGGGGUAUUUCUGUAUCCGAGGCCCUGGACUAUGAAUCGUGCAGAAAGUUUUACCUGGUGGUGGAAGCGAGAGACGGCGGGACGCCCGCCCUGAGCGCUGUGACCACUGUCGGCAUCAACCUCACGGACGUGAAUGACAACCCACCCGAGUUCAGCCAGGACGUGUACAGUGCUGUCAUAAGUGAAGACGCCUUGGUCGGGGACUCCGUCAUUUUGCUAAUAGCAGAAGAUGCAGACAGCCAGCCCAAUGGACAGAUUCGUUUUUCCAUUGUGAAUGGAGAUCGGGAUAAUGAAUUUGCUGUGGAUCCUGUCCUGGGACUUGUGAAGGUUAAGAAGAAAUUGGACCGGGAACGGGUGUCUGGAUACUCCCUGCUCAUCCAGGCAGUAGACAGCGGCAUGCCUCCGAUGUCCUCAACUGCCACUGUCAACAUCGAUAUUUCCGAUGUGAAUGACAACAGCCCAGUCUUUACACCUGCUAAUGCUACUGCUGUGAUUCAGGAAAAUAAGCCAGUAGGCACCAGCGUUCUGCAGCUCAUGGUGACAGACAAAGACUCCUUUCACAAUGGGCCUCCCUUCUCCUUCUCUAUUUUGUCGGGAAAUGAAGAGGAGGCAUUCGUGUUGGACUCAGAUGGAAUCCUGAGGUCAGCCGUGGUCUUCCAGCACACGGAGUCUCCAGAGUACGUCCUGUGUGUCCAGGCGAAAGACUCUGGCAAGCCUCAGCAAGUGUCUCACUCUUACAUCCGAGUGCGGGUCAUUGAGGAGAGUAUCCACAAGCCCACAGCCAUCCCCCUGGAGAUUUUCAUUGUCACCAUGGAGGACGACUUUCCUGGUGGGGUCAUCGGGAAGAUCCACGCCACAGAUCAGGACGUGUAUGACGUCCUCACAUUUGCGCUGAAAUCGGAGCAGAAGAGCUUGUUCAAGGUGAACAGUCACGAUGGGAAGAUCAUCGCCCUGGGGGGCUUGGACAGCGGCAAGUAUGUCCUGAACGUGUCGGUGAGCGACGGCCGCUUCCAGGUGCCCAUUGACGUGGUCGUGCACGUGGAGCAGCUGGUGCAGGAGAUGCUGCAGAACACCGUCACCAUCCGCUUCGAGAACGUGUCCCCCGAGGACUUUGUGGGCCUCCACAUGCAUGGGUUCCGGCGCACCCUGCGCAACGCGGUCCUGACCCAGAAGCAGGACAGCCUGCACAUCAUUAGCAUCCAGCCCGUGGCAGGCACCAGUGAGCUGGACAUGCUGUUCGCGGUGGAGACGCACAGCAGCGAGUUCUACAAGCCGGCCUACCUCAUCCAGAAGCUGUCCAACGCCAGGAGACACCUGGAGAAUGCCAUGCGCAUCUCGGCCAUCCUGGAGAAGAACUGCUCUGGGCUGGACUGUCAGGAGCAGCAUUGCGAGCAGGGCUUGUCGCUGGACUCGCAUGCACUCAUGACCUACAGCACAGCCCGCAUCAGCUUCGUGUGCCCACGUUUCUACCGGAACGUGCGUUGCACCUGCGAUGGAGGACUGUGUCCAGGGGCCAACGAUCCUUGUGUGGAGAAGCCGUGUCCAGGGGACAUGCAGUGCGUUGGUUACGAAGCCAGCAGGAGACCGUUCCUCUGCCAGUGUCCACCGGGAAAGCUUGGAGAGUGCUCAGGGCACACUUCUCUCAGCUUUGCUGGAAACAGUUACAUCAAAUACAGGCUUUCUGAAAACAGCAAAGAAGAAGACUUUAAACUGGCCCUGCGUCUGCGGACCCUGCAAAGCAACGGGAUUAUAAUGUACACCAGAGCAAACCCCUGCAUCAUACUGAAGAUCGUGGACGGCAGGCUGUGGUUUCAGCUGGACUGUGGCAGUGGCCCCGGCAUCCUGGGCAUCUCGGGCCGUGCAGUCAAUGACGGGAGCUGGCACUCAGUCUUCCUGGAGCUCAACCGCAACUUCACCAGCCUGGCCCUGGACGACAGCUACGUGGAGCGCCGCCGGGCGCCCCUCUACUUCCAGAAGCUGGGCACCGAGAGCGCCAUCUACUUCGGCGCCCUGGUGCAGGCGGACAGCAUCCGCAGCCUGACCGACGCACGGGCCACGCAGGUGCUGAGUGGCUUCCAGGGCUGCCUGGACUCUGUGGUGCUGAAUGACAAUGAGCUGCCGCUGCAGAACAAGCGCAGCAGCUUCGCCGAGGUGGUGGGCCUGACGGAGCUGAAGCUGGGCUGCGUGCUCUACCCCGACGCCUGCGAGCGUGGGCCCUGCCAGCACGGAGGCAGCUGUGCCGGCCUGGCCUCCGGAGGUUAUCAGUGUACUUGUCUCUCCCAGUUCACCGGGAGAAACUGUGAAUCUGAGAUCACAGCCUGCUUCCCAAACCCCUGCCGGAAUGGAGGCUCCUGCGACCCCAUAGGAAACACUUUCAUCUGCAAUUGCAAAGCUGGGCUCACUGGAGUCACGUGUGAGGAGGACGUCAACGAGUGCGAGCGGGAGGAGUGUGAGAACGGCGGCGCCUGCGUCAACGUGUUCGGCUCCUUCGUGUGCAACUGCACGCCGGGCUACGUGGGCCAGUACUGCGGGCUGCGGCCGGUGGUGGUGCCCAACAUCCAGGCCGGGCACGCCUACGUGGGCAGGGAGGAGCUGAUCGGCAUCGCCGCGGUGCUUCUGGUCAUCGUUGCCCUCAUCGUCCUCUUCGUCGUCUUCCGCAAGAAGGUCUUCCGCAAGAGCUACUCCCGCAACAACAUCACGCUGGUGCAGGACCCCGCCACGGCCGCCUUGCUCCGCAAGAGCAACGGCGUGCCCUUCCGGAGCCUGCGCGCCGGGGACGGCCGCCACGCGUACCAGGAGGCCGGGCCCCCGCAGGUGCCCGUGCGCCCCAUGGCCUACACCCCGUGCUUCCAGGGCGACUCCAGGAGCAACCUGGACAAGAUUGGCGAUGGGCUGGGCGGCGAGCCCCAGGAGAUGACUACCUUCCAUCCCGAGUCCCCGCGCAUCCUGACGGCCCGGCGGGGCGUGGUGGUGUGCAGCGUGGCCCCCAACCUGCCCGCCGUGUCCCCCUGCCGCUCCGACUGCGACUCCAUCCGCAAGAACGGCUGGGGCGCAGGCACUGAGGACAAAGGGGUUGAUGACCCGGGAGAAGUGACCUGCUUUGCAGGCAGUAAUAAAGGCAGCAACUCUGAAGUUCAGUCCCUGAGUUCCUUCCAGUCGGAUUCGGGCGACGACAAUGCCUACCACUGGGACACGUCCGACUGGAUGCCCGGGGCCCGCCUGUCUGACAUAGAAGAGGUGCCCACCUACGAGAACCAGGAGGGCGCGGCGCCGCCGGGCAGCGCGCGGGGGCUGGAGAGCGACUACUACCUGGGGGGGUACGACGUGGACAGCGAGUACCCGCCGCCGCACGACGACGACUUCCUGGGGCAGGACCCGCUGCCGCCGCCGCUGCCCGAGGACUUCGCGGACCAGUACGACAGCCUGCCGCCCGCGCGGCCCGGCUCGCUGGCCGGCACGCUGAGCCCGGGCUGCCGGAGGCGGCCGCAGUUCCACCCCAGCCAGUACCUCCCUCCCCACGCCUUCCCCCACGAGACGGAAGUGGGGGCCCCGCCCGCCGCCGGCGAGUUCAGUACUUUCGCCGGGAGCGUGAACCCGGGCGCGGAGGCCGCGGCGGGCCCCGCAGAUGGCGUGGCCCUCUCCUUGCACAACUCCCGGGGCCCCUCGUCCUCCGACGUGUCGGCCAGCUGCGGCUUUGACGACUCCGAAGCGGCCGUGAGUGACUAUGAGAGCGUCGGGGAGCUCAGCCUCGCCAGCCUCCACAUUCCCUUUCUGGAGACCCAGCAGCAGACCCAGGUGUAGAGGCGGUGCGGGGCCCGCGGGCUGGCACAGUGCGCAGAGACCGGCGCGGCUCGCCGCUCCAUGCAGCAGGCAGCGUGGUAUUUUCAGCGGGAAACUCCUUCCCAGUACUGUCACGAGCAAGCUCGACUCCGCUUGGCUGAAAAGGAAAGGCUCACAAAUUGUUUCUGAGAGGUGACCCAUCGCCCGGGCAGCGCGUGCCUGCCUACAUGACCCAGCAGGUGCACCGAGUUUUUCAAGGGGGAAUCAAGCUCCGCUGUGACGUUAGACGGCCCAUCUGCCUGCUUUGUGCAGUCUUGUGCCCUGGGAAGUGUUACAGCGUCGGUCCAGUCCUUGCAGUAUUAAUAACUGGCAGCAAGCCAAGAGGCUUAUGUUGCAUAUAAUUUUGAGCCAAUGGGGGGAAGUGAAAAUAGUAGUUAUGACUGUUGGGAAAGUUAGUCUCUUAGGCAAAAGCAAAGAGGAACGACCAUUAUUAAAUAAGAAAACGGGCUGAAGCCUUUCAAAUCAAUUUUUUAUUUUUUUUAAAUAAGCUACCCAAUUUUCAGCUAUAAAGUUAGGUUUGGGUAACAUGUUUAGUAUGCUUAGUUAAUUUUGUUUGUUUGUUUGUGUUAAGCAUCGAAAUAAUAUAGUUAUAUUUUAUGAUCAUUGAGAAGGAUAUCAAUGAAGAGGAAUACUUGAGAUAUCUGGGUCCCAUUUUGUAGGUUGAGGGGAAAGUUAACAUUGUGGAAACAUUGAAAAGAAUGUGAUUAUCUGUCUUUGUGUUUUCCAGUAAAUAUUCUUGACUGUAACUACAGUUUUAACAUUGAGGCAGAAAUUGGCAUUUGUUCUGAGAAUCAGGAAAUAAAGAGACAAAAAAGAGGAAUAUUUUAGUACAUUGUUCCCUAGAAUGAGAGAUAUUGAGAGGUUUAAGCAGAAUUCACAAAUUCAAGGAAAAAAAGAAAAUUUAAUACUUCCAAAGUUUUCAGCUAGAUAAUCACAGUUCUUGACAAUGCAGAUAAAAGGUGUGUGUUUUAAAUUGGUGGCAUCAUCACUAUAGAUGCAAUUUUGUGUUUUUAAAAAAGGAGAAGAAAGAUUAGUUAUUGUGUAUAAAUUAUAAUAGUGUGUGUGUCUGGGCCUAUGUACAGAUAUGUGCUUGCACUCAGUAAGGCUGCUCUUGAGGAAAAGUGACAGGAAGGUUUUAGGAUACAACCUGUGUUAAAAAUCCUGCCAGCAAGGCCAACCUUCCAAUUUCUCUGAUCUUGAUGAUAUUAGAGAAACACCAAAUGCCAUAUUUUUUUCCGAUUCAGUUAACUUUAUUUUGGUAUUGCCGUUUAUAUUAACUUGAAGCAAAACUGAGCUUUUUUAAGGAAGAAGACAAAACAGUAUUUUGUUAUAAUUUUUCAGAACUAAACUCUUAUUUGAAAAAAGUAUGAAGUUUCAUUACACCCUGCCUUUUGGUUCUCCUCUCCUCCGACAUGCGGGCUUUGACCUUGAGUUUCCAAAAUUGCCAGGAGAAUCAUCUGACAGGAAAUACAGUAACUCGAAGCUUAAAGGUGAUGAGCUGAGUAACUUUACUCUUUUGCUUCAGUCAGCUCAUGGGCACGUGCACAGAGGCCAUGGUUAAAUGAAUGCGUAUUUGCACUCUCUGCAUAUGAGCGAGUCUGUGUCCAGUUUCUGGUGACGUAUGGCGUUGCUGUGUCCACUAUACUGUCCUGAGUCUGUGUAUCACCCAUUCAGACGUAUUUUUCAGUUGUUUCGGUCAUGUUCAAUCCACUUCUUUAUAGGAGUCAGUGUUUCCAAAAGUUUGUGGUUAAAACAAACAAAAAUUCCUUUUCAUUCUCAAGCUUCUUGAGUAAGCUGUACACUCAUACACUUCACAGAUUUUUCAGCUUUUCUCCUCUUCUUAUCUCUUAGUCAGACCUACUCAUGGAAACGCUAUCUGCACCGUGGUCUUGAAAUAAAUGAAUUUCACUAAGGCUGCUUAGGAGAAUGAAAUCUUUGGUAUUUUUCUUAUGUAAGAAACCCAUUUGCAAGAAUCACAGAGAAAAUGACAAACUAAUGGUCUAGAAUAGAAUCGCUGCUACACUUUCUAUAAUGCAGUGGCGUAAAAAACAAUCAAAGUAAAACCAACAAUUCAUUUCUUGCCCCAGGAAAUAUUAGAAAGAGAUUAAUGCCGAGGAGCCACUCCAGCUUGCACAGCAUACCCUCCAGGCAGAGUGCCUGUGGAGCCCAGUAAUGAAGUAAUACAUAGAUCCCAGUGCUGCUGUGAAGUCACCCAAGAAAAUUGUGCCCACUCUUGGCUCUGACCUGGAUAAAAUACCUCUUUCUUCAGGAUAUCUUCCCCUGGUUUUCUGCAGAGUAGCUCUGCAGCUAAAUGUAUCCCAGACAAGUGUGUGUUAUGUUUUGAUCAAUUACUUUUAAACACAUGUUAUCUUUUCCCUUUCUGGAUAAUUAGCUUUUGCUGUAGAUUCUGAAAUGGUUUGCAGCCAGGCCAAGAUGGAACUAGGUGGGGUGACCAAUGAUUCAAGAGCUGGAAGGGUCCUUAAGAUCUGCUUAUCCAACGCCCUUAUUUUAUCAAGAGAAAACAUACCCAGAGAGGGGAAGGGACUCACCCAAGCUCACACAGGAAGUUGAAUAGCUGAACAAGAACUAGAACUCAUCCGUUUGACCAGUAUUCUUUCUAUUACUAUUAUUCACCACUAACCUGCAUGGGGCAUGGUAUCUGCCUGCUUCUGCUGGAGCUUUUGAUUUCACCCCAUUCCUGCUGCGGAAUAUACUACAAGAGAGAGCUCAUGGAGAGUAUUUCUCUGGAAGCCUCAUGAUCUUAGAUUUUUUUUUGCAGCCCCCAUAGGAAAGGUGCAGUGACAGAAUUCAUACAUUUCUUUGGACAUCUAUCAAAACUGCUUUCACCAAACGAAUGUUUUCUAAAAUGAGGAUGGAAUGAUAGCUAUAAAAUGGAACUCAAACUGAUCAGUAAGUACAGAAAAGCUCUGAUUAUAUUACCUACCGGGUCCAUUUGUUUUUCUUUUUUCUUUCCUCCCAGCCCUACCCCAUUCACCCUGAUGAACCACAUGGGAAAGAUUUAAGCCAGUAAGUGUCUUUCCCAUACAUGUUUUCCUAACCUGUAUGUGCUACCUCUGGAAGCCGUUUUCCAUAGCCCAUUGUAGGCACUUUACUUGUAUCGCACACAUUCUGAUUAGGUUGAGAGUAGCUGAACUAGCGACGUUUGUCAUUCAGUCAGCAGAAGCUCUGGGGCUGUAAAAGAUAAAGAAGGUAGGUGUUUAAUUUAUUUGCUUGCUUCUGUGAGGAUUUUGUUACUGAGUUUCAUUCCUUGCCAACUUGCCAUGUACUCCUAUCCUGCCAGUUCAUGAAAUGCCAUUGUAGAAGACUUAGUGAUAUGAACAAGUCAAGUCCACGCAUUUAAGAUUUAUCCUAUCAGACAAUGGGGGUGAAAACCUAGAGAGGGGAUUGAUGCAUUCCCGGAACUUACCUGGAACCACUCUUGGGAAUCGUAGCAGAUUCUGGGGAAAGAAAGCAAGGAAAACACUGUCGGCCAAUUCCUGUUUACUACGCACCCCCACCCACCUGCUGCCCCGCCGAUGCCUGAGUCUACAUGAUCAGCAUCAGGGAGACAAGAGGUAAGCAAACCAGAUCAUUUAGGACCCAGGGACACCUCCAUGGGAGAAUUCUGGGGGCUCUGGUGCUCCUUUGGCAUGGGUUAUCCAGAGAAUCGUCUGGUCUCUCCUCUCUGCUGCCCUCCCAAUGCAUGGAUAUUGCUAAAGUGGCUAGGUUUUAUGUUUUUUGUUUCUAGCUUCCAAUCAUGAGAAAUGGAGAUGUGAAGAGGCAUUUCUUUAGCGUCAUCAUUUUGUGUGGUCUGUGAGAAGGCGGGUUCUGUGUUUUUGCUGGGGUUUGUCCUGCAGCGUUCAACUGCACAUUAUUCUGGUGGAAAUCCACAAUGUCUUUAAGCUUCUGGUUGUAUAAUUCUAGGGUUUAAAGUUGCCAUAUGUGGAUUUGGCAUCAGUUAAUAUUUAGCCAGCUGGCUAAGAGAUAGGAAAAGAAUAAGAUUUUCUUUCCUUAUGUAAUAAUGAAAAGCAAUAAUUACAAGUAUGUAAUAUUACACAAAGGCCAUAAUUAGUCUCUUCCAGUGUUUAGAAUGCACUCGAGAAUCGUAGAGUCAUUUGGAGUGUGUUUGGACCCAUCAGUAUGUACUGUAGUACCCUUCUGGCAAACAAAUACCUGAAUUGCUACUAUUGAACAAUUUUAUGAGCCCAUACUACUGCAUUUGGGGAAAUGACAAAUGUGUUCAGAUGUGUUCAGAAAUGGAAGCAGUUCUUUUUAAGCACUGUAUCAGAGAGAUUGUCAUGUAAAUUUACCUGUUACAAACAGGCUGGUUUGUAAAAGAUGUAUGUUUCGGUGUUAAAAUGUUUAUAAAAUUGUAUAUAAUGGUUUCAAUUUUCCAGGCUUUUGUAGAUAUACUGUAUUUGAUGCCUAUCAGGAUACUUUAAUUUGGGGGGUUGAAUAUAAUUCUAAGUCACCCAUGCUGUUGGUCUGCAAACUAUUGAGGUAACUACACACACACACAUAAGGCAUUUUAGAUUUGAAAA